GAGGUCGUGACGUCAUAAUGAAUAGCAUUGGGAUGAGGUGACUUGAUAUCCUAUCUCCCUCUCUCUUUCUCUAUCAGUGGCCACCGUGCGCCCGUUCUGUUUAGUCGUGGGAGGAAGGUGGACAGAAUGAGCAGCACUUGACGAACAGCGAGAACCAGUCAAGCCACAAGACAACAAUAACUACACCAGCGACAUAACAAGCACGGUCAACAUUCACCGAAGAAAAAAAAAAAACCCAUAAGAAGAGAUCCCGAAUUGGAAACAGAAAUACAGUGGAAGUAGAAUAUAUAGCCAAGUUUAAAGUGGGAGAGGAAAUCAGAGUGGGUUACCUCCUUACCCUCGCUCCUGUGGCUCCGAUAUUCUGAGGAGCAGACAUGAAGCGACUUCUGGUCACGGUAGCAGUAGUGCUCCUGGCGGGCCUCGGGCAGGCACAGAUCCCCAAAGAUGGCAGGUGCAUCUGGUAUGGCCCAGGUCCACAGAAUCCAGACAAGGAUCCAGGAAUGUUGCUGAAUAAUGCCUAUACUGGGCAAGGCAUAGUGCUGGAUGAUGCCCUAGCAGUGGCGAGGAUGGAUGAGCACUGCGACAUACUUAUGAAAGAGCUAAGAGAAGAGUUUGGUGAGAAGGUGCCCAUGUGCUGCAAUGCUGGCAAUAUUGCAGACAUGACAAAGCAGUUCAGUAUGCUGGAUCCCUUCUUGGGCAAGUGUCCGGCUUGCAAAACCAAUAUCAAAAUGAGCUUCUGUUACUUUACAUGUCAUCCACGUCAUUCCAACUUCUUAAUCCCCACCAAGAUGUACCAUUACAAGGACGUAGAAGGGAAACACCAGGAGGCUGUGUGGGAGGUUGACUUUCACGUGACUGACUACUACACCAACACCACCUUUGACUCGUGCAAGAAUGUGUACAUGUCUGAGCUGAACAGACCCGCCAUGACUGUGCUGUGCGGGAAUGAGGGAUACAACUGUGACCCCUACAAACUGUUCACCUACUUUGGCAACAAUUCCUUAGCACCCUUCGCCAUCACAUACAAAUGGGGGAACACAACCACCCUGGCUCACGAUGCAGAAACAGGCAAGACAAGAAUGAUGACGCCCUUCCUAAAGAGCACCACACCCUGCAACAGUAAUGACACCUCCAUGCACUGCCUCUGUUCAGACUGCCGUGACUCCUGCACUGCCUAUCCAGACAUCCCGCCUCACCAUGAACUACCAAUGGUGGGCUCUGUAGAUGUGAUCACCUUCACCCUUAUCAUUGUCUACUGUAUCCUUGCUAUUGCCAUCAUCAUUGCUGCAUGUGUCUGCUGGAGUGGUAACGAUGGAGGCUGCUGCUGUGAUUGCACCUGCUCAUGCUCCCAGGUCAUCAGUGCCGGGAUGGAGAAGGGAAUACGGAAAGCAUUUACUAGUUUUGCCACAGUGGUGGCCAAGCAUCCCUUCCUGUUCCUGGUGCUGGGGGCGUGCCUCAUCAUCACCCUCUCUAUUGGGGUGGCUUUCCUCAAGGUCACCACUGAUCCUGUGGAGCUGUGGGCCUCACCGACCUCCAAGACACGCCAGCACAAGGACUACUUUGACUCCCACUUCAGUCCCUUCUACAGGACCACCCAAAUCAUCAUCACACCCAAGGGAUAUGAAUGGGAAAAUGUUACAGUGAAAGACAGCCUGGGCAUUGAGCGACAGUACCUCUUUGGGCCAGCACUCAACGCCACCUUCGUUCAGAGAGUUAUGAAGCUACAAACUGAAAUCCUUGCGUUGAAAGGUGACUUGAAUGGGCAGCCAGUAAAUCUGACAGAGGUGUGUGAGAAGCCAAUGGCACCUCAGUAUGAUCACUGUCUUAUUCAAAGUGUCAUGAACUACUGGCAGAAUGAUCCAGAGAAACUCAACAAAUCAGUUGAGCAAGGAGACUACUCCAAUAAGAUGGUUGAAUGUAUCAGCAACCCCACCAAUAUUGCUGAUCCUUACUGCCUUGGAUCUUACGGUGGUCCUGUGCUGCCAUAUACAGCCCUUGGGGGCUACCUGAAGGAAGGAGAGGUUCUUUCCCUGGAACCACGAUACACUGAAUCCACAGCACUCAUAAUCACCAUCCUCAUAUCUAACCACCUGGAAAAGGAUCUCCUUGGCCCAGCCAUGGCAUGGGAAAAGAGAUUCAUUGACUUCAUGAAGGAAGUAACAGCAGAUGAGGAGUGGAUGGUUGACAUGGACAUUGCCUUCAAUGCUGAGCGAGGUAUUGAGGAUGAGCUGAAACGGGAGAGCCAGAACGAUGUGUCCACCAUCUUUAUCAGUUACCUCAUUAUGUUUGCCUACAUCACACUCUCGCUCGGCAAUGUCUCCUCUGAGUGCAACAGACUACUGAUUGAAAGCAAGAUUUUCUUGGCACUUGGUGGUGUCACUCUUGUCUUACUGUCUAUAGGGGCCUCACUUGGCUUCUAUGGUUACGUGGGAGUGCCUGCCACACUCUUUGUUAUUGAGGUGAUCCCUUUCCUGGUGCUUGCAGUGGGUGUGGACAACAUCUUCAUCUUGGUGCAAACAUGGCAGCGGGAACCCCGGAAGGAGGGAGAGAGUGUCGAGGAACAUGUGGGGCGAGUGGUGGGCAAGGUGGCACCCUCCAUGCUGCUCUCCACCACAGCUGAGGCACUCUGCUUCUUCCUUGGUGGUCUGUCCGACAUGCCCGCUGUGUAUGCCUUCGCCCUCUAUGCUGGCCUUGCUCUCGUCAUUGACUUCUUGCUUCAGAUGACUUGUUUUGUUGCCCUCCUGACCCUCGACGCUCACAGAGUGGAGGACAACCGCUGGGAUGUGCUGUGCUGCAUCAAGGGUUCCAAGAGCAGCAAGCAGAUGAAGGAGUCCACUAUCUGCUAUGACAUCUUUGAUCACUUCUAUGCCCCCUUGAUCCUCUCGGACAUCAUGCGUGUGCUGAUCUGUCUGGUGUUCACGGGUGUGACUUGUGCUGCUCUGGCCUCAGCACCACACAUCGAGAUAGGCCUUGAUCAGAGCCUCUCUAUGCCUGAGGACUCCUUUGUGCUUAAGUACUUCAAGUACAUCAACGAUUACCUCUCUGUGGGUCCCCCUGUUUACUUUGUCAUCAAGGAAGGGUACAACUUCACAGACUGGGAUGAACAGAACUUGGUGUGUGAGGUGUAUGGCUGCAAUGAUGAUUCCCUUCUGCAGCAGGUCUUCCUCUCUUCCCUCAUGCCUGAUGACACUUACAUUGCCUCAGGAGCCAUGUCUUGGCUGGGUACUUAUUUCUCAUGGCUCUCUGACAAUGUUGCUGCCAAUGGUUACACAUUUGCUUGCUGUCGUCUGGAUGCAGAUGGAAACUUUAUCAAUUCAUCACUUGGAUUUGACUUCAAUGCCAAGGAAACCUGCCUUAAAGUAGAUGACUUUGUGGAUGGAAGACCCAAACCAGAACUCUUCAUGAAGCACCUUGGAGACUUUCUCUCUGACAACCCACACGGCACCUCCUGUAGCUCUGCCGGCCACCCAGCUUAUGGUCAGGCAGUGAAGAUCAUGACAGAUAAUUCCACUGGCAAGGAAAUGGUUGGAGCCACUUAUUACAUGGCCUACCACAAAAUCCUCAAGACUUCAGAUGACUUUAUCAGUGCUAUGGAUUGGGCUUACCACCUCACAGAUGACAUGACCGCCUAUCUGAGAUCCCAAUCUAAGUAUUCUUCUGAUAUCGAGGUGUUUCCUUACAGCAUCUUCUAUGUGUACUACGAACAGUACUUGACCAUGUGGCAGGACACGGGUAUCAGUCUGGGCAUCUCCAUCGGAUCAGUGUUUGCUGUCACACUGCUGCUCACCUUUGACCUGACCUCCUCCCUUGUCAUUCUGGCCACCAUCAGCAUGAUCACAGCUGACAUGAUGGGAUUCAUGUACUGGUGGAAUAUUUCUCUCAAUGCUGUGUCACUUGUCAACCUGGUGAUGGCCAUUGGAAUAUCUGUAGAGUUCUGUAGCCAUGUGACACAUGCCUUCGCCACCUCUGUCAAGCCCACACGUCUGGAGCGAGCACAUGAGGCCCUCGCCACCAUGGGCUCCUCGGUUCUGUCAGGCAUCACCCUCACUAAGAUCGGUGGCAUCUUUGUGCUCGGUUUUGCCCAGUCACAGAUCUUCCGGGUGUUCUACUUCAGAAUGUACCUUGGCAUGGUGCUGUUUGGUGCAUCCCACGGCCUCAUGUUCCUGCCUGUGCUGCUCUCCUUGUGUGGCCCACCAGUGAAUCAAGUUUUGCUGAAACAGAAAAGGAGAAAGGAUGAGGUGACAGCAUUGGAAAUGCAACUUAAGGAGACACAGAAACAAAAUAUAGCUUUGCAGAGACAGCUAAAUGCCCAGAUGUCUGUGAACUCCUCUCAACAACAGGAAGCCAGGGUUUCAAAUGUGACAAUUCAACACAUAUACCACCAUCAGUCAUGCACUCCACAGCAGCCAGUCUACCCUGUCCUGCCCCAGUCUCAGCCUCAGCCAGAGGCCCAUAAGCCACAAAUCCAGCAAGAAAAAGAAGCAGCCACAUCACACAACACCAGUGAUCCAUCAGCGCCUAAAAUGGAUGAUCUUCCUCCAACAUUUGAGGAGCUGAGUCAGACAGGAGUCAUCAACAGAGGAUACCAGCCAUGAAGACUUACAGAAAGUGUAUGUGACAACAUAAUGACUGACGCACUUAAAUCAGCAUGAAUAUGGGGAAUGUAAACAGUGUAAAUGAGGAAUUCUCUUCAUCUAUUGAAGAGAUGUGAAUCAGUAAGAUAUAAUGUGCAUGUGUGUACUUGUUUAUAAGUGAUCAACACUUCCAUAUCACAUCUAAUAAUACUGUUACUUUUGUUAACCAAUUAAUAAAGUGGUGCUAUAGAA